AUGCUCGCUGCAACCUGCACGGCGCAGGCGCAGCUGGGGGCUUGGCGCAUCUUUUGCGGUGGCGCGUCCGCCAGCAUGCACAGCGUCCGAGUGGACGUGACGCCGUUGGCCACCUACGGCAAACCCCGACCUCAGGCUUACGGUUCUGCUUCCCGACACUGCGCUUGGCGCGUAACCGACGCUGACGACCGAAAGCCCUGGCGCGGUUCUCCGGAACGCGGAAAGACGGCGGGCAUUGCACGCAACCCACACUGCCCGCAGUUUGGGGCGUCUUAUCUUGCUCCUGUCAUGGGCGCUUGGAGGACCGCAUGGGUAACAUACUUCCCACGGAGAUCCAGUGACUUGCCUCGGCACGGGCGCGACUUCACACGGUUCUGGCGCGCUGCCGCUUCUGGCUGA